CCUCAUACCAGUAACAUGCAGUGAAUGUGGAGUUUGGCAUGAAAGGGCAUGGUCCAGUGUCGGACCUGUGGGACCUAUGUUCAUAGAGCUUCACAGUGGGAGGCUCAGAGGCCAAAAGCCCAAUUCAAGAGCACUUCCUGAUUCUUGUGACUCGCCAGCCAUGAACAUUGGAUUGGCGGUCCCCAUGGCCUUGAAGCCUGAGCUCAUGGUCAGUUCUGAUCCUUGUGUGCCGCCCAUGGAAGAAAGGGAGGCACCAGAAGGACAUCCUUGCAAAGUGGAUUCAGUUCGAAGUGAGGAGGGUUUCCGCCAGUCCGACACCAUGAACUCUGAGAAGCCCAAAUGGGCGGAGGUACUAGCGCAUACCAGUUCAACUAGUACAAUGGCUUCCACGCGCUCGGAAAAGAGCCUGAAGAGGAAGUUGCGUCGGGAGGUGGCCAUUGACGACUUUCUAGAAGAAAACCACUUCGCUCACAUGAAUGCGCCACAACAAUCUCAGGCGUGCUUUCCAAUGCCUGGAUUCUCUCGACCAGAAGUGCUUUACCCCGUCCAUGUGGCUGCUCAGCAGGGUGAUCAUGUGAUGCUUCGAAUGCUGUGCUCAGAAGGAGCAGAUCUAGAACAAAAGACCUCCAAAGGCCGCAGUACUUGGGACAUCGCAAAGGAAGCUGAUCGCUUCGGAUCGCACCAGCAGGUCCUGGGCCUGUUGGACAGCAAGAUCGUGUCCCUGCGAGCCUUCCGCAAAAUGGCAGAGGAGUCCUCAACACCUCCGAACCAAGCCAAACUUGCCAAACAGGCUUGCCUGUAGGCUCUCGGAAUAGGUCGUGAGGUCCAGGCUCGCAGCUCGCAAUGUUCGCGUGCGACCUUUUGACUCCCCGAGUCUUCGCGUUGUCUCUCACUUUGCAUUUCAUAUGUACAGACUACGGCAGGGGUGCUAAGAAAUCCGGUGCUCGGAAAUCCCGGAUAAAUAAUUUCCAAGACACAACAGACACAGGGCCAGUACUUGGUCUGUGUCCUCCAACCUUAGAUGCCAAUGUUUGCGUGUUGUUUGCCAUUCAUCUGGGGGCGAUUGCCUGUGGCAUAAAGCCAGUUGUUCGAGGAUCUUCUUGAGAAGGUUGUCGUCAUUGCCAGGAGAUUUGGCUAGAAAUCAUGCAGGCUUUUGUGGCUCCAUCAAUGAUUCUUCGCAUAGGUCGCCCCUCAGAAGAUUCAAGCUCUUUGUAGGACGGUCGCAGG